AUGAAUUACACCCCUCCGAGCCCGGAAAUCACUCCACGUAAACGGGGAGUCGAUACGUUAUCACCCUUGUUUGAGCAAGUGUGGGGCGAUUCUGAUACUGACGAAACAUCCCGUCUACCAACUCAAGAUUUGCUAAAGCUAGCACAGAAUUUGAUGAAGGUGCAGCAAGAUCACAACACGGAAAAGCCGCUAACGAAUCCGCUUCUUUCUGCCAUGUCAACCGAGGAUCUUGAGAAGUACCAAGAUCAACAAGCAUUAACCAAAACAGAAGCGUGUGCUCUUUUAAAUCUUCCACCCGCAGAUUCAGAUCAAAAGGUGUUUCUGUCACAUGAGGAAAUGACAAUGCACCUGCCUGAGUCUUUGCCGGGUUCGAAUGAUGAGGCCGUACCUGAGGGAACUUUAGAUGGAUCUGAUUCAGAUGAAACGUCUUCGUUGAUGGAGUGUAUAAAGUAUGUGCCUAUUCCACUUGCAUUGCUGCAACCUCCCACUUUGGCAGCUUCGCCAUAUGAUGAUGUUGUCGGACUAUGCUAUAUCGACCAUUGUUUGAAUGGUGUGUUACGGAAGGAUGUUGUCAUUGAUUGUAAAACUCGACAAACAUUGAGACAACUAGUGGAAGAGGUUGCGUAUUUACAUCAACAAGUCAACGAGUCCUUUACGAAAUUAGCAUAUAGAAUCGAGAAACUCAAACAAACAAAUUCAUGCACAUCGCAACUGUUGAAAUUGUUGUUGCACAAUUCAGACACCAUGCAAGGUCGAGUCUGUCACCUUCAGGCUCAAGUCAAGGCUGUCAAAAGUGUGAAAAGGGUGGUUUCUUUUAGUGAAUUGUGUGAGGUGAUUUCAGUCCCAACCGAGCUACCGCCGGUUAAAACAUUGAGUGGGCUGCUGUUGCGUGCUGCGAUCCACCGACAGAGAUCUGCGUCUUACCGAAAUGCAGCACUUGUUUCUCCUUUGCAACACAAGCGACGUGGUGUACCUUUUCAAAACUCGCCUUCAAGGGCAAACACUCUGGAAGUGUCGCCUACUAUGUUUGAACUCGAUUCUGAUGAGGAUGGAACGUUUAUGGAACCUUAUAGAAUUUCUAGAGCGGGGUCUUGUCAGAAUUUGUCUCAAUAUGCACAUCCACACAGUCCAACGAGCCCUUAUUAUGAAAAGCCACAACCUUUUACAAAAGAAGCUGCUUCUCCUUCUCCUUCUCCUCCUUCUCCUCCUCCUCGUCGUCGUCCAUGUGGGAACAACGAAGACGAGCCAGUUAAAAUACGAUACAUUUUGUUACUACUAUUGCUUUAUUUCUACAACAAGUUGCACAAUUACUUCCAGUCGAAAGUAUAA